GAAACCGGCUCCGCGUUUAUUGCCGGCGCCGAGGGAGGUUUUUUCACGGCAUCGUCUGUUUUGAAGAAAGGAGGGAGGAAGGAGGAGGGUUAACGAUAAAGAACUAAGUCUUGUCUGCGAAGGAGAUCCCUUCUGCUCUUUCCAGAUGACCUUUUCUGAAAAUGUAGCCUCUCCAGCUGACCGGUUUUGAUUUUGGCUGCCGAGUGUGUGAAACUGGUCCCUAACCCGUAGGAUGUGUCCUUCCGGGAUUAGCAAUAUGGGGCAGCUGUUGUCGCCUCUGCUCCUGAGCUUGGCAGCAGUUUUUUCCAAAGUGGCUGAGAGCCGCGGGAUCCUGGAGAGCAUUCAGAGGUUCUCUUUGCUGCCCACGUACCUGCCCGUGACCUAUCGCAUCCACAACGCCGACGUUUCCUUCUUCCUCAAGGAGGCCAACCAGGACAUCAUGAGGAACUCCAGCCUGCAGUCCCGGGUGGAAUCCUUCCUCAUCUACAAAUCCAAGACCCCUCCGGUGCUGAACGCCAGCUACGGCCCCUUCUCCGUGGAGCAGCCGGUGCCGCAGGACCUGAUGCUGCCCUCCAGCCCCUUCGGCCCCAGCAGCCAGUUCACCUACAACUGGAAGCUGCAGGCCUCCAUCCUGAGCAGCAAGAUCUACCUGAGCAAGCCGCGGGUGCAGGUGCUGUUCCACGUGGCGGGCAGGGACUGGGACGAGCGCGGCCCCGCCGAGCGGCUGCCCUGCCUGCGCGUCUUCGCCUUCCGCGAGACGCGCCAGGUGCGCGGCAGCUGCCGCCUGCGCGGGGACCUGGGGCUCUGCGUGGCACAGCUGGAGCUGCUGCCCGCCUGGUUCAGCCCGCCCAGCGCGCCCACGGGCCGCAGGAAGCAGCUGGAGCAGCUGGAGGGCAGCCCCGUGGAGCUCUACUACUCCAUCCAGGCCGGGGAUGGCAGAGGGGAGUGCGCCAAGGACGAGCUCAGGAGAAACAACGGGGCGCGCUCGGGGCGCGGCGACCUCGAUGAGUCAGGACCUCCCCUGCAGAGGAUUGGGAGUGUUUUCCUCUACCAGACACACGCUGCCCCCUCUUUCACCGAGAUGAGGUUGGAUCAUAACAUUGUCAUCCAGUAUUCACCAAAGACCGCCAAGCAAGGGGACAUUGUGACUUUCCUUGUCUCCGUUGCUAAAAACUCGACGGAAGAUCAGUUCACACUGAGGGCCAAGGUGAAGAGAGGAGUGAAGGUUUCCAGCGUGAGAGCCAGCAGCCCCCAGCUGUGGGACAUCAGGGACAGCCUGGACCCCUCUGGGAAACCUGCAGCAGCUGUGGUGCUGUGCCAGAGGAAACCUGCUGCUGCCAACAGUGCUGAGGGUCCCUCCUCUGAAAUCAUGCAGAUUGAUUUUGAAAUUGAAGACCUGAGCGACCUGCCUGAGACCCAGCUCAUCACCUGGCAGGUGGAAUAUCCUGGGGACACCACGUCUGACCUGGGGAUCUCCAAGAUCUACGUCAGCCAGAAGGACCUGGUAGGAGUUCUGCCUUUGGCUAUGGAAGCAGAGAUCCUGAACACAGCUGUUCUCACUGGGAAAACAGUGGCUGUGCCUGUCAGGGUGGUCUCUGUGGAAGAUGAUGGGACUGUGACAGAUCUGGUGGAGUCUGUGGAAUGCAGCUCAUCAGAUGAAGAUGUCAUUAAGGUUUCUGACAGAUGUGACUAUGUCUUUGUCAACGGGAAGGAAAUGAAAGGCAAAGUGAAUGUCAUAGUUAAUUUCACUUACCAGCAUCUGAGUGCCCCUUUAGAAAUGACAGUCUGGAUUCCUCGUCUCCCGCUGCAGAUAGAGGUCUCUGACACAGAACUAAAUCAGAUCAAGGGCUGGAGAGUCCCCAUCAUCUCUAAUAAGAGGCCGGCCAGGGACAGCGAUGACGAGGACGAGGAGGAGCGCAGGGGCCGGGGCUGCGCCCUGCAGUACCAGCACGCCAUGGUCAGGGUGCUCACGCAGUUUGUGGCCGAGCCCCCCGAGCCUGGGGCUCCCCUGGCUCACCUGCUGGGCUCGGACUGGCAGCUGGACAUCACCCACCUGGUCAGGGACUUCAUGCAGGUGGAGGAGCCGCGCAUCGCCCGGCUGCAGGAGGGGCAGGUGCUGGUGGGGCUGGAGCUCGGCAUGACCACCAUCCAGAUACUGUCCCCCCUUUCAGAUGCCAUCCUGGCUGAGAAGACAGUGACAGUCCUGGACGAGAAGGUGACAAUAACUGACCUGGGAGUGCAGCUGGUGGCAGGACUGUCCCUGUCCCUGCAGCUCAGCCCAGGGAGCAACAGGGCCAUCUUUGCCACUGCAGUGGCCCAGGAGCUGCUGCAGUCCCCCAAGCAGGAGGCAGCCAUCAGCUGCUGGCUCCAGUUCAGUGACGGCUCUGUGGUGCCCCUGGAUGUCUAUGACUCCAAGGACUUCUCCCUGUCCGCCAGCUCCCUGGAUGAGCGCGUGGUGUCCAUCCAGCACGACCCCAGGGUCCGCUGGCCGGUGGUCGCAGCCGAGACCGAGGGCCAGGGCGCCCUGGUGAGGGUGGAGAUGGUGAUCAGCGAGUCCUGCCAGAAAUCCAAGAGGAAGAGCGUGCUGGCCGUGGGCAGCGGCAGCAUCAGGGUCAGGUUUGGGCAGAGCGACGCCAACAGCAGUGACAGCAAGCACAGGGGCGCUGGAGCCCAGCUGGAGAACCAGAAACAGCCCUGGCACGGCCAGUUCUACAGCUCCUCCAUGGGCCUGGAGCAGGGCAGGCCCACCACCACCCACAGGGCCGUGCUGAGCAGGAAGGAGGACAGGGACAGCCUGCUGGAUGACGACAGCCAGAACCUGCCCCUGGACUUCACCAGCUUCCCUGCGCAGGUGGAGCUGCCCAGGGACAGCGGGGACGCGGGGGACAGCGAGCUGGUGCAGUCCCCCCGGGGGCUCAGCGACCUGGAGAUCGGCAUGUACGCGCUGCUGGGCGUCUUCUGCCUGGCCAUCCUGGUGUUCCUCAUCAACUGCGCCGCCUUCGCUCUGAGGUACAGGAGCAAGCAGGUGCCCCUGGAGGAGCAGGAGGGCCUGAGCCACUCGCACGACUGGGUGGGGCUGAGCCACAGGACGGAGCUGCUGGAGAAGCACGGCGGCUUCGGGCCCCAGCCCGAGGAGCAGGUCACGGCCAUCGACACGGGGCUGGGCUGCCGGGACAGCCGGCACCUGCUCGGCACGGCUGCCCCCGAGGACGGGCAGCCCUUCGGGCCCGCCGAGCCCUCGCUGGGUGAGGCCCAGGAGCGCCGGGGCGAGCCCGCCGCCUCGCCCACCUCCAAGAGGAAACGCGUCACGUUCACCACCUUCACCGCCAUCUCCUCCGAGCGCGGCUGCCCCGCCGUCAGCUCCAUCCUGAUGAGCAACGAGGACGACAUUAAAUGGGUCUGCCAGGACAUGGACCUGGGGGAGUGCAAGGAACUUAAGAACUACAUGGAGAGGUUGCACGAAAACGCGUGACGAGACACAAACCACCUUCUGGGUUUGGUUUGUUUGUUUGUUUUUCACUCACCUUCUGCCUUUAAUUUUGGGUAGUGGGGCAAAACCUUGUGUUCUGACGAGAAUCAGCUGGUGGAUAAUCACUCAGCGGAGCCCCAAGAAGCCGCCCAAAAGCAGCUGGGAGAGCAGAGAUCCUGGACAGCUCUUACAAUUCAAGUUCUUCUCUGUGCUCAGAGAUGGAAGUGAGAGAUGUGUGUGGUUUUUUGAUACACGGUAACAUGAAAAAAAAAAACAACACAACUUAGAAAAAUAAUACGGUCUCACUCUCUGUGCUUUCCCAGGAAAUCAAUAAAUAUAACAAACUCCA